AUGUGUGACCAGACAUUCUUGGCCGCUACUUUCGGCCCUUGCGACAACUGUAGCGCGAACAGACCUUUGAUGAACAUCUACUUGAAGAAUGAACCCAUCAAUUACUGCUCGCUAUGUGUGGAGCUGAUGGCUUGCCAGGGAUUAGCCCCGGGCGAGACGUUGGCAUCACUGAAGACUGAAUCGGAGAACCUGAAAGUGAAGCUGGAGGAGGAGAGAGCCAAAUUACACGAUGUUGAGCUGCAUCAGGUGGCGGAGAAGGUGGAGGCACUGGGGCAGUUUGUGAUGAAGACGCGGAGAACGCUGAAGGGACACGGCAAUAAGGUGCUCUGUACGGACUGGUGCAGAGACAAAAGACGAAUCGUCAGCUCCUCGCAGGAUGGAAAAGUGAUCGUUUGGGAUGCUUAUACAACCAAUAAGGAGCACGCAGUGACCAUGCCAUGUACCUGGGUGAUGGCCUGUGCCUAUGCCCCCUCUGGUUGCGCAAUUGCUUGUGGGGGCCUGGACAACAAGUGUUCUGUGUACCCUCUGUCUCUGGACAAGAACGAGAACCUGGCAGCCAAGAAGAAGUCUGUGGCCAUGCACACAAACUAUCUGUCGGCCUGCAGUUUCACCAACUCUGACAUGCAGAUUCUGACGUCCAGCGGGGACGGUACCUGCGCUCUGUGGGACGUGGAGAGCGGACAGCUGCUUCAGAGUUUCCACGGUCACACUGCCGACGUCCUCACUCUCGACCUGGGUCCCUCUGAGACGAGCAACAUCUUCAUCUCGGGCGGCUGUGACAAGAAGGCCAACGUGUGGGACAUGCGAUCCGGCCAGAACAUUCAGUCCUUUGAAACCCAUGAUUCAGAUAUCAACGCCGUCAAAUUCUAUCCCAGCGGAGAUGCUUUCGCGUCAGGUUCGGAUGACGCUACGUGUCGUCUUUUUGAUCUGCGGGCUGAUCGCGAGGUGGCUAUCUAUUCCAAAGAGAGUAUCAUAUUUGGAGCCUCCAGCGUAGACUUCUCCCUCAGUGGCCGGCUGCUCUUUGCUGGGUACAACGACUACACCAUAAAUGUGUGGGAUGUGCUGAAAGGCACCAGAGUGGCCAUUCUGUUUGGGCAUGAGAACCGGGUCAGUACCGUGCGUGUCUCUCCAGACGGCACGGCUUUCUGCUCUGGAUCCUGGGACAACACCCUCAGGAUCUGGGCCUGAGAUGUACGGAGUUCGACACCUCAGAAAGAGGCUAACAGCUUGUUCAUGUU